CUUAGCAACAGAAGCAAGAUGGCAGCGCCCAGGAACGCUGAUCAUUCUCCCGAGAUAUCGACGCCGCUGAAGAUACCAAAAACGGAGGUACCAUCACCCGAAUCAGAGGAUUUAAGCGACAGCAACCAGUAUCUUUCUAAUCCUUCCACACCUAAUCGAUUUUCUCCUCUCAACGCGGGGUUGUCGGUGUCUGGGAGCGCAGGCCGAAGUGGACUGGCUUCAUCCUCAAACAAUUUCGCCGCUUGCCGAGGGAUGUCUUGGACUCCAUCUGAAACAAACGCCCUUAUUGCGGUGUGGGGCAACGAAAGACUGACAGAGGCACGGAUGCAGCAGCUGGAGGUGGCAGGUACCGUGUUCUCGGGGAAGGCUCCCGGCCCUGCCAUGUACGAGCGGGUAUCGAGAGCCCUGGCAGAGUUGGGGUACGAGAGGACCCCGUCCCAGUGCAGGGAGAGGAUGAAGACGCUGCGUCGAUGCUACAGCCGGGUGAAGGAGCACGGCAUCGGCAAGAGGAAGAGCAGCUACUCCCUGGAGCAGCUGGAGAAGGUGUUUGGCCAGGGGGGCUGGGACUCCCAGAGCUGUGCCCCAGUCCUCAUCAACAGCAGCGGGCUGUACCAGGAGAUGGAGUCAGACAGCAGCACCAUGGAGGACCUGUCCCAGGAGGACUGGUGCACACAGGUGCUGUCCUCCGCUUUCCAGGAUGGGGACAUGGAGGCCGAGGAGAUCCAGCUGCCGAAGAUCAAAGUCCCGCCCCUGAGGCCGGAGCCGUCUCCGUCCACACAAAAAAAGGAGGGGAUGCAGAAUGUGACUCGUAUCCUGGAGUCGGUGCAGCUCAAGUGGGAACACUUCCAGACCUGGACGGACUUCUCCCGCCUGCACCUGUCCAACAAGCUGGCCAUCUUCGGGGUGGGCUACAACACGCGGUGGCGUGAAGACAUCCGCUACCACUACGCUGAGAUCAGCUCCCAGGUGCCUCUGGGGAAGAGGCUGAGGGAGUACUUUAACCCAGAGAAGCCGGAGGGGCGUGUCAUCAUGACCAAGGUUCAGAAGAUGAACUGGAAGAAUGUUUACUACAAGUAUCUGGACAUCACCAUCAGCGAGGCUCGCUGUCUGGAGCUCCACAUGGAGGUGGACUGGAUCCCCAUCGCCCAGUCCAGAGUGACGGGCUGCAGUAACGGGUACCUCCUCCCUGGGGGGAUCCCCAAGACUUACGGACUCUACGCUGUCGGCUACGAGGAGACGUCGCUGCUGCUGGACAACAUGGGCGUGGCCGCGGCGUCCUUGCAGCAGGACGAUGACUCCGACCCGGGCACGCCUCAGCCGGGGGACGGGGCCACAGGGGACGGGGAGGAGGGGGGGCGGGGCAGGACAGCAACCAGGGUGACGUACUGUUACCUGGGCGUGGCUGAGGAGAGGACCCUACAGCAGUGUCUGUUCCAGCACUUUCAGAGCUCAGGGAAGCACUUUGGACGAGACGAACCCUCAGCUGUCACUCGCUUCCUUCAGGGGAACUGCAGCAGCGCGGGGCGGGGUGGAGACGCCUCGCCCCACCAUCGCUCGGCCGUCUAUAUCAAGUUCAUUGAGGUAGAGCUGGACUUCCUGUCCGCAGGCUCGCUGCUGGAGUGUAUGGAGGUGGCUGUGGGAUACGCCCUCAAGUACAACAGCAAAGAGAUGCUGUAGUCCUCCUGGUUUCACUCUUUAGACUGAAGUAUGAACUCAAAGUAUUCAAAGAGAGAGGGUCAGAGAGAGCUACAAGAACUUUUAUGUCCACAAAACAGCACUGAACUGAUCCGCUGGUUAGAGCUUGAAAACAAGCUGCAGAUUGUAUCGUAGCUGGCUGGAUUAAAAUUGUAUCUUUCCUUUUAGAUUGUUGUCUUUGCAGCAAGACAACUUAGUUUCUGUUCAACUAUUGGUUGGUCAGCUAUUAGUGAAAAUCCGUUGAACUGUUUCCCGCAAAUUGUGGCAAUUAUUAUUUGAGACAUCGUAACCCAAGAGACUGCUUUAAGCUUAGUUUCUGAGUUGUGAGUGCUGUUGUGUGGACAGAGAGCCGUGGUCACCUCCUGUUUCCUCUUAUGGAAGGUGUUACUGUGGUCUUAUCAGGGACUGGGAGCCCCUACCCCUCCAGGAUGUAGAGAUGUGCUCUGGGGCUGGGGCACCACCGCCGAGCUCACCUCUAGGCUCAGGCUUGGUGUUCAGGUGCCAGGAAGGGAUUACAUGACUUUAAAGAAAACAAGCUAUUGAAAAAGGAUCUGUCUGGGAAAACCUGAAAGAAUACAUAAUGAAUUUAUCUCUAUAGAAAAAAUAUAUAUAUAUAUUUAAGAAUAUAUAUUGAUGUUGUCAAGCAUUCCAGCCUUUGCAAACAUAUUACAUUUAAAAUAUCCUUUUUUGUAUAUGAAACUUUUUUAUUUUUUUGUUCCACACCGUGUCUUCUGUAUGAUUUGCUUUGAGGUCCCAGUCUUGUCACAGUAUGUUUACAUGUUUUAAAAACAAAUAAAUGAGACACUGACCGCU